AUGGAAGAAACAAGGAAAGAAGAGGAGAUGCGGGGAAAUACUCAGAAACAUUGGAACGAAGCCUCAAAUUUCGACACGAGAGACGAGAGAUCAGCUUUCGGUCCACUCCAACCUUCACCAGGUUUUUUCCAGCAGCAAAAUCACGCUCUGUGCUCUCAACUGCCUUCAGUUGGUUUGCAGAAUUCCAAUGCAUUGUCUCAGAUGUCAGUAUUUCCUUCCCGAUUUUACUAUCCGUGCUAUACUCCCUCUCCGUAUCCCAGACCAAUGUUUGAUCCGUGUACGUCAUAUCCCGCAUUAUACCAAAGUGAAGGUAAUAAUUACUCGUUAGUCACCUAGCUACCAGUAAUUGCUUCACACAAUGACAAAGUCAAUUUUCAACAUCUUUGUUAGCUUGCAUAGCAGGCGUAGAAAGGGGUAGGGGAUAGGGAGGAAGGGGAAAAGGGGAGGGGGAUUGGGGCCUGCCACGCAGACUACAUUUUUGUUUUAAUUCUUCGCGGACAAUGCCAAUCAAAGCCUUAGAAUAUUUUAGAUGGACUCUUUAGCAAACACUAUAUGGGAUACCUGACACACAAUAGUUUCAAUGCCAAGAGACACCUGAACUUUUUAAGAAGUUCAUACACUACAAAAGUAUUUAAUUUUUCUUAUUUAGAAUUUCGUCCUAAAGAAAAACGCCGUCGCUGUAGAACAGUCUUUACACAGGAGCAGCUCUAUCUACUUGAACAGGGUUUCUUGCAACAAAAAUACCCUGACGGCAAGUUUCGACAAGAGAUGGCCGUGAAAACUGGACUCGCCGAGGACAGAGUACAAGUUUGGUUCCAAAACAGGCGUGCGAAGGAAAAGCGGCUUUUGGAGGAGAAACUCUUCCGUGAAAAUCAACCAGAGAACAUAACUAGGCUGGAAAAUAACAUGUCCGACUCUGUGGCGAGUGCUGUGGACGAGAGCGGACAAAUGCUAAGUAAUAGUCACCAAUCUCUGCAGGAAGAACACAUAAGAAAACUUGAUAAUUUGGUAACAACAGAAGUGGAAGACAGUGGUUUGGCAAACAGUGUUCUAGGUAUGUUCAUUGAACUCGUUACAGAGGGUCUCAAUGGGGUGGUGGCAUUUACGGUUAUCGGCUAAAAUUUUGGCUCUUUUACGGCUAUGGGCUAAUUUUUUUCAGUUACGGUUAACGAAAAAGUUAAAAAUUAACUUCUUUUGUUUCAAAAAGUUAAAUAUUAAUUAACCUGUACUGUUUGUAUCUUUAAAGCAAAAUAAAGGUCUUAGGAUCAUCUCGGGAUAUGAAAUAAGCUAUUCUUUUGAAAAAUUUUAACAUUUGAUAGAUCAUACUUUUUAUAAAGUAUUCCACUUCUAAUAUUAUUUUACACAUAAAAAUGUCAAUAGCCAAUUUAAAAAUAAUCUUUGUGAAAAAGAAAAGCACACACCCGAACGCCAAACUCAAGGCCGGGGCGCGACAUUCAUUACAACAGAAAUGGCCUUUUUUCACACUAAAGACGGAUUAUUCGUGUGAGACGGGUUAUCCGUUUGAUGAUUCGCGUCAGAUAGAUAAUACGUCUUAAUUUGAAAAUGGAAUAGUUUUGAUUUUGCAUGAACAAUCCGCCUGACUUUAUCCUUCAACUUCGACGGACAGUUUGAAGACGGGAUUAUCCGUUCCAGACUGCCCGUGUACAGCCGCCCCUUCCGCUCAGAAAAAAAAUCGGGGAGAGGGUGUCUGUCGGGAAGGGGGCGACUGUACACAGGAUAGUCUCAGCGGAUAAUCCGUUUCUAGCUCUAGUGUGAAAACGGCCAAUAACAAAAUUCCCGUGUCCAGUGUUUUUAAUGGUAGCGAAGGACUGUACGGAACCACUGUCAGUCGUUUUGCCUUGUCCUUAGGCCUUAUUAUUUCGCGCGGCUAAUGCGUUUCGGGUGACGUGGUCCGAGCGAGUUCGCCACCGAAAUGCCUUGACCGAAAUUGCGUGGGAAGACGCCUUACAGGGACUAGGCAUGGCAAUGUCUACCGAAGCGUCAGAGAAAACAGGGAAAUGUUGUUUAUCGGCAACUUUUUUGAGAUCUCUUCGUGUUGUUUCACUAGUGUUUCGAGGGCACGACCUCCUGAAAAUCGCAAAUAUUAAUCCCCAGCAAGAAGCCACACUUUCGCUAUGGAAAAAAAAUUAGUUCCCCGAGAUCGGCGGAAAUGGAAAUGGGUCUUGGUCUUCACCUAAAAGGCGCUUUACCUAACUUGCGUACGGAGCCACACUAGCCGCGAAAUAAAAAACGCAACCAUAAGUGAGUUUAGUACCUUCCUUAAAAGUAGCAAAUCUAGGGAACAAUUUCUUUUACGGUUAACUUUUUUUUACCCUAUUUACGGCUAACGGUUAAAAUUUUUCAAUUGUUACGGCUAUCGACUAAAUUUUUGGCAGUUUUACGCCUAUCGGUUAACCCCAUUGAGACCCUCGUUACAGUAAGAUAUGUUUCAAGAUCUUCUACGGCAGUUCAGUUCGUUUAUUCGGUUCUGUACCUACAACGAGCGACAAUACCCGUAGACAGUAUCUCUUUUGACCCACAUUUUCUCCUGAUAGUGUUUUUCCGUUUCAUCAGCUCGGUCUCCAUUGCUCUCACGCCCCUUACCACAGUGCCAGCCCCUCUUUUAGACUCACUGCACGUCAGAGAGCUGUUAGAAUGUAUUUUUCUUUUCUGGUUUAAUGAGAUACAAAAACAAUGAAAACUACGAUGUCUACAAGGUGAGCGUUCGAAAGAAAAUGUCUGCACGGGGAAGAAUUGGAACUGUUAGCGCCCCGGCACGCCUAGCCUGUUCCAGGCUCCGAGAUAGUCGGGUCCGCAGUGAUUGAGAAAACGGGAACACACCCCGCCCACCUUUUCGCGUACCUUUUACUUUCGCGUCUUCCCCACUAUGUGAGAACCUGGAACAGACUAUGGCAUAGCCUACGAACAGCAGACGUAUUUCCCGUCGUCGCAUCUCUCCCUCCGAAAAAUAACGUCUGCGAACCCGAGCGGCAAAACGAUUUCCGUGACGCAAAGCCUUUAAUGUGCAGCCAGAUGUGAGAAUGCCUUUCAUUUCAAUAGUUAACAUUGAACGUAUAUUUUGAAAGGUCAUAGCAUUAAGUAGAAACCUGGUUUCAAGCCAGCUGGUUUUCUUUAAACUUCCAAAAUGUUAGUCAUCAGUUAUUUUGAAAGAGAGAAAAAGCAGUUUGAUUUAGUUUUACCAUGUUUUUUGAGAGAAAGUUCCUUCAAACUUUUAAGAAUGUGUACGCUUUAUAAGAAUGUGUACUUUACAAAUGUUUGAUCUAUCUCGAAGUAAACUAUGGGGAAUACUGAGUGGGUAAUAUACAAGGCUACCCGCUAAGAAAAAUUGAUUUUUCGGAGGGAGAAAAACGACGACCAGACAUACGUCUGCUGUUCGCACGCUUGCUAUUGCACGCCCCAUGCAAAAUUGUUAUUUGGAACGUCUACUUCUGUACAAACGAUUAAAUAAACUUGAUUAUUUGAAACUUUAUUUUGUUUGGUUUUAAAGGUGAACUUACAGCACAGAGACUAAGUGAAGGAAACACAGACCUUCCAGAUAUUAACAUCUCUGCGUACCUGACACCAGGUCCCCUACCCGGACCCAACGUUGCGAGAGUAGAAUCGGAUGGUUCGACGAGCAAUCCCGAGGUUGAGCCGAGUGAACAGCGAGUCUUUCUCUCUUUGGAGGCGCCAAUCAGCGCUUCACUGGAAAGCCUUCCUCGGCAAUUGUUCCUAAACACUGUUUCGACGUUUUGUCAAAACAGCAUUGAUGAAGAAAAAACUGUUUAUCAAGGUAAUUCUGCAGGUCUAAUGGAUGUGUUCUUCUCCGAGGCGAUUCACACUGAAGGUGAAGAAACCGUUGUCUCCCAGGACAUCGAGCAGGCAGAAUCCACAAGCGAAACCGGCAUAUCCUCCGCUGAGAAUAACUCUUCCGAAAUUAAAUACGUUAAUCUUUGUGUGUAG